UAUCUAGUUGACAAGGAAUAUGCUGAACAAGAAACAGAACCUCUUGAUACAAUUAUCAAUUUUGACAUAAGUUAUCCCAACUUAACUACAAUACUAACUUAUCUUAAAAUUGUUCCAACCCCUACUUGAAAGAGAUUUCUGAUCGAUGAAAAAAAAUAGCUAAACCUCCAUAGGUUGCUGACAUGAAGAGAUGGGAACUAACUGGUCACAGGGUGAAGCUCCAGAGUUCGAACCAAGAGGUAGAGUCUUACAAAUUCAUGUCGAGUCACAGAAUUAUGACACUGAAGCCAAGGUAGAGGAGAAGACAGUAGAAAAAAAUCUUCCACACAGCUUCGAGGGCAUCAUUAAAAACUCAGAUUCAGAUAUUGACCGAUCCUCUGUGAAGAAGCUGUAUGAUCAGCUCCACGCUGGAGUUUUCUUGAACCAGAAGCGAAAGAGGUACUGGGUAGAUAAGAAGUCCAACAAGAACUGCUUCAUGGUGCUCUCAAGAGGUCUGGCAAUCACUUGGGCUGAGGAUGCUCGUUUCUGGCAUUGGCAAAAUCUUAAAGACACAACAACUGAUGAGGUUAUUGAGGUUGCAGAACUGCUGAAUGUAUGUUGGCUAGAAGUUUGUGGAAAGUUUGAGAUAGAAAAGUUGUCACCAGCAACUUUAUAUGAAGUCGUGUUUGUGAUUAUGUUGAAAGAUGCCACAGCAGCAUAUGGAUGGGAAAUUCCAGUAAACCUAAGCCUAAGUCUUCCAGAUGGAAGCAAGUUUAACUGCAGAGAAAGCUUGAUGACCAAACCACGUUGUCAGUGGAUAGAGAUACCAAUAGGUGAGUUCACAACUUCAACGCAAAAUGUUGGGAACAUAACAUUUUCCAUGUAUGAACAUGAAGGAGGGAAAUGGAAGAGAGGACUCGUGAUAAAGGGUAUUGCAAUCCGCCCCAAGGACUAAAAUCUCUAAAGACAAUCAGCACAGCCCAUGUAACGAGAAUAGCAAUAAUAUGUAAUAACCAUUACAGAUUGACAACCAGCUAAUGAGAACAGUGCACCAUGUGUUUGUUUGGGAUUACGCUUAACUGAUUCAGACGCAGAGUAGAUAAGCCCAAACAAAUGGUGCUGUAAAAUCAUGUUUGGCCUGUUUUCUUGAAUUUCUGUUCAAACAUCAGCUGUUUCUCCUUGCUAUAAAAUUGCACAACUACCAUUUACACUCUUUAAAAUCAAUUACAUUGCAGUUGGUCA